GGUAGUGGUCCGCGCCCCACAGCCGCGACAACUAGGGGGACUCAUCUUCAACAGACUGUGUUUAGUGUGUGAAGACGUGUGCCGCCUCAGAGCCGGAACGGGUUUUAUGUGCUUUAAGUUGCGCGGGUAUUACGAAUUAUUGUGACAGGGGGUACGGGAUAUUUUGUUUAAAAAAAAGUGUAACUUUUUUUUUACUUAUGAAUUUUUUUGUUAAAUAUAUUUUGAGGUAUUGAACUCGUGUGAUUGAGGAGGUUUGACACUGUGACAUUAUAUUUAUUUCUCUUGGUUUGUUUCGUGGUGGUACACAGUGAAGGUGAGGGGGUGAUAGUUGAGGAUUUGAGGGGCCUUGCGAACUGGGAUUAGGGUGCAACGUGGAUAAAAAUCGUUGGAGGCUGAGUGAUAACCGGUGACAAGAACAGAUUGGCACCCAUGCUCUAGUACCGGCUUCCCCCGUGGUUAGGUAACAACCGGCAAAAUGUGGCAUACAAUCGUGGGAGUUAUUCUCCUGGUGACAAUAGUCACGUCACCAACAAAUGCUAAAGUAUCAGUGGUGCCCCACGACGUAUACCCUGGCUUCGAAGUGAUGCAGUUGAAACACGACAAAACACAUUGCUCCAACUACCACUUACUCGAGACAGGUUUCUCCAAGUACUUCACAGUCCUUGAAAAUGGUAUGGUGAUGACAACAUCUGAUCUAACACCACUAGUCAACAAGCCAGUGAAUCUACUCGUCCUCGAGGAUAUGAUUAACAGAACAGAAAUUCACGAUGUACAUUUAUUUGUGAUAAAUCGUGGCAACAUGUUGACAUUUUCACACGAGGAAUUAGGACAGGGUGAGGUGAUGGAGAAUUCACCACCAGGUACAGUUGUCGAUGAAUUUCCUGUACUACACGCCCACGGAAGUUUUCCAGUGCAUUAUACAAUACUACCAGAUGAUUCUGGUGAACGUGCAUUUGCCCUGACUGAGGAAACAUCAACCGAAACCGGAUUUAAUCUCACCCUCAAGAGGCCAAGUCAGGGGGUUAGAGUUGUGACGUCUAAACCCCUGGACCGCGAAGCCAGGAAAAUUUACACAGUGAUCAUUCAUGCAUCCGAUGCCAAUUACAUCAGUACAUCCAAGAUCACUGGUGUGGUUAAUGUUUUGGAUGAGAAUGAUAACAGUCCAGAGUUUGAUCGUGAGGAGUACAGUUUCGAAUUGCGCCCGAUGAAUGUGGAAACACUUGAGAAACCAGGAGCAUCCAAGUGGAAGAGAUUUGCUACGAUUGGGAGAGUGUCUGCUAAGGAUGCUGAUGGGGAUAAGGUCGCCUACAAGCUCAUUACACCAACCAAUGCGGUUAUCAUUGUCCCACAGACUGGAGAACUACUGUUCGCUGAUGAGCCAGAUGGUGGGAUUGAUGAGGACAGUGAAUUCGAAGUGAUGAUCGAUGCUCAUGAUCUUCGGACACCCAGCAGGAGCACCCUGAGACCAGCGAGGGCUAUCAUCAAGUUCUUGUCAUCUGAAAUGGUUGACGGUGAGCCGGAAGUCCACAGGAUUCAGAAGAGGAGGGUCACCAGGGCUGUCAGGCCCACCAAGAAGGUCGAGUUCCUAGAGUCCGAGGGCGAUGCCGAGGGGAAGAUCGUUUUCUCACUUGAAAAGGAGACCGAGAAGGAGGCGUACAGAAUCAGAGAUGAAAACCAAUGGGUUACGGUGAUGACUAAUGGAUCCGUCAGGGUGAAGCAGAAGUGGGAUUACGAGGAACUUGGACCGGAGAAAAAUAUUGAUUUUUGGGUUACGAUUACUAAUCAGAAUUCUUGGUGUCUCCUCUACCCAGACGCUUACCCAUGUCGAUUCGACAACGACACCGACAAUCAGCGUGUGAUAAUCAACAUCAAGGACGUUAACGACGAGCCACCGUACUUCAUAAACAAGCCCCUGCCGAUGCAGGCUGUGGUACAGUUGAAUGCACCACCCAACACCCACGUGUUCACACUCCAGGCACGAGAUCCAGAUACUGAUCACAAUAUCCACUAUUUCAUUGUUCGUGAUCGAACUGGUGGUCGAUUUGAGGUCGAUGAACGCUCGGGUGUGGUACGUACCAGGGGCACUGAUGUCUUUCAAUUGGAUAUGGAGUAUGUGCUGUACGUGAAAGCAGAGGAUCAAAAUGGAAGGAUCGAUGAGAAGCACUUUCAGUCGACUCCGGAGGAACGAUUAUCGAUUGUCGGCGGAAAACGGGCGCCACAGUUCUACCUGCCGACUUAUCAAACUGAUAUACCAGAGAACCAGAAGAAAGACACUGAUAUUAUAUCCGUCAAAGCCAAGUCUUUUGCCGAUCGUGAAAUUCGUUACACACUGAAAGCACAGAGUCAGGGAGCCGCUGGAACUUUCAAUAUUGGACCAACUUCUGGCAUAGUGAAACUUGCCAAGGAAUUGGACUUUGAGGAUGUACGACAGCCCCACAUUUAUACUCUAGUGGUAACGGCCACCGAAGAUUCUGGUGGAUUUUCAACGUCAGUUGAGUUGACCAUAAGGGUGUCUGAUGUUAACGAUAAUGCACCCAAGUUUGAGCUGCCCGAUUAUCAGGCUCAUAAUGUGGAUGAGGACAUUGCAUUGGGUACCAGCAUACUCAAAGUCAAAGCCACUGAUGCGGAUUCGGGGAGCAAUGCAGAUAUCGAGUAUCUCGUAUCAGAUGAUCACUUCAGUGUGGAUUCCAGCGGACUCAUUGUCAACAACAAACAAUUAGAUGCUGAUAAUAAUAAUGCUUACUACGAGUUUGUGGUUACUGCUAAAGAUAAAGGUGUUCCUCCGAAGACAGGCCAAGCAACAGUUCGGAUAUACACGAAAAAUAAAAACGAUGAAGAGCCAAAAUUUUCACAACAAGUUUACACGCCAAACGUGGACGAGAACGCCGGGGCUAACACCUUGGUGACGACCGUUGUUGCCUCAGACAAGGACGGUGACAACGUGCGCUUUGGUUUUGUCGGAGCUAAGACGGAAUCCGGGCAGUUCGUCAUCGAGGAGAUAACCGGCGUUAUUCGUCUGCGUGGCUCAGACAUAUCACUAGAUCGUGACAAAUACGAGUUGAAUGUAACAGCAAUGGACGAUGGCGCUUGUUGUCCCGAUGGAAAGAAAAAUAUUCACACCAGUACAGCCGUUGUUGUUGUUUUUAUCACUGAUGUUAAUGAUAACAAGCCAGUGUUCAAGGAGUGCGGUAGCUAUUCACCGAAAGUCGAGGAGGGAGCAUCCAAUGGUAGUCCUGUCAUCAAAGUACAGGCUACUGAUGAGGAUAAGGGGGUCAAUGGACAGGUCAAGUACUCCAUUGUCCAGCAGCCCAAUCAGAAGGGAACGAAAUUCACUGUCGACGAAGAAACUGGACAAAUCUCGACGAAUAAGGUAUUUGAUCGAGAAGGAGACGAUGGCAAAUUCGUAUCAGUGACAGUGAAAGCAACCGAUCAGGGUGAGCCAUCGCUCGAGGGCGUAUGUUCAUUCACGGUUGAAAUUACAGAUGUCAACGACAAUCCUCCGCUCUUCGAUCGUCAAAAAUACGUCGAGAAUGUAAAGCAAGACGCCAGUAUUGGCACAAAUAUACUCAGGGUAUCGGCAUCUGACGAGGAUGCUGACAAUAAUGGUGCAAUAAUAUACUCCCUAAGUUCACCAAACAAUCGACAAGAUCUCGAAUACUUUGAAAUUCAACCCGAAUCCGGUUGGAUAAUAUUGAAGAAGCCAUUAGACCGCGAGACAUACAAGCUGGAGGCGAUGGCACAAGACAAGGGCUAUCCGCCCUUGUCGCGAACCGUGGAGGUUCAGAUUGACGUUGUGGACCGUGCUAAUAAUCCGCCCGUAUGGGACCACGUAGUGUAUGGCCCGAUCUACUGUAAAGAGAACAUGGCCGUUGGGGCUAAAGUUGUGUCUGUUAAAGCCAGCUCGGGAAUUGAAAAUAAUCCCACGGUUUUUUACCACUUAAUGCCGGGCUCCACUGCACAGACCAACAAGUUUCAUACUUUUUACCUUCAACAACGAUCGGAAACUUUAUCAAGGGAUAAUGUUACUUGGGCUGAUAUAAAAGUUAAUCAUCCCCUGGAUUAUGAGAGCAUAAAGGAGUACAAUUUGACGAUACGUGUGGAGAAUAAUGGUGCUCAACAACUGGCGUCUGAGGCGACAGUCUCUAUUGUCUUAGAGGAUGUCAACGAUGAGAUACCACUGUUCACUGAGGGUGAGCAGGAGACUGUUCUUGAGGGAGAGCCUAUCGGUAGCAUGGUCACCCAGGUCAACGCCAUAGACAAGGAUGGAACAUCUCCAAACAAUCAGGUCACCUACUACGUCGUCAACAGUAGUAGAAACGAGGGAAAGGACUACUUCGAGAUAAAUCGUGAAACAGGCGAGAUAUUUACAAAGAUAGUGUUCGAUCGAGAAAAACAAGGGGCUUACGCCCUGGAAGUUGAAGCCAGAGACGGUGCCCCAUCUGCUCGACCAAAUAGCAACGGCCAGCCAAAUUCAGUGACGAAAUUCAUUAGAAUUGGAAUCGCCGACAAAAACGAUAAUCCACCGUACUUUGACAAGAGCCUCUACGAGGCGGAGGUAGACGAGAAUGAGGACAUUCAACACACUGUACUCACUGUCACCGCCAAGGAUCACGACGAAUCCUCGCGUAUUCGAUAUGAGAUUACAAGCGGUAACCUAGGUGGUGCAUUCGCGGUGAAGAACAUGACUGGGGCAAUUUAUGUUGCGGGUGCACUGGAUUACGAAACGAGGAAGCGGUACGAGCUCAAAUUAACAGCAUCAGACAACCUCAAGGAGAACUACACAACAGUAGUUAUUCAUGUUAAAGAUGUUAAUGAUAAUCCACCAGUGUUUGAACGGCCAACUUACAGAACACAAAUCACUGAGGAGGAUGACAGAACUUUACCGAAACGUGUUCUUCAGGUACUGGCAACCGACGGCGAUAAGGACAGGCCCCAGAAUAUUGUUUACUUCUUGACCGGUCAGGGAAUUGAUCCCAACAAUCCGGCAAACAGCAAGUUCGAUAUAAAUCGUACAACUGGAGAAAUUUAUGUUUUGAAGCCACUGGACAGAGAUCAGCCCAAUGGUAGACCCCAGUGGAGAUUUACGGUGUUUGCUCAAGACGAGGGUGGCGAGGGUCUUGUUGGUUAUGCUGAUGUCCAAGUGAAUCUCAAGGACAUCAACGAUAAUGCACCCGUGUUCCUGCAGGGAGUUUAUCAUGGAAAUGUCACGGAGAAUGGCACAUCAGGAAUGCUGGUAAUGACCAUGACCGCCAUUGACUACGACGAUCCAAGUGAAGGAACAAACGCCAAGUUAAUAUACUCAAUCGAGAAGAACGUAAUCGAAGAGGAGACUGGCUCGCCGAUAUUCGAAAUCGAGCAAGAAACAGGUGUCAUAAAGACAGCAGUCUGUUGUCUCGACAGAGAGCGAACACCAGAUUAUUCUAUACAGAUAGUAGCGGUGGAUGGUGGAUCGUUAAAGGGUACGGGUACCGCAUCGAUACGAGUGAAAGAUAUAAAUGACAUGCCACCACAAUUUACCAAGGACGAGUGGUUCACAGAAGUUGAUGAAACUGAGGGAACGACUCUACCAGAAAUGCCGAUUCUCACAGUCACUGUACAUGACGACGAUGAGACCAACAAAUUUCAGUACAAGGUACUUGACAAUAGUGGAUUUGGAGCAGACAAGUUCACUAUGGUAAGAAACAAUGAUGGCACUGGAUCGUUGAAAAUUGUACAGCCAUUAGACUUUGAAGAUCAACUGCAGAGUAAUGGAUUUCGAUUCAGAAUUCAAGUCAACGACAAGGGUGAGGAUAAUGAUAAUGACAAGUAUCAUGUGGCCUACUCGUGGGUUGUCGUUAAAUUGAGAGACAUUAAUGACAAUCCACCACUAUUUGAAAAAGCAAACAUUGAAACAACUGUACUUGAGGAUGCGAGCGUUGGUAGUAGUUUAGAAACAUUCAGAGCCACUGAUCCGGAUCAGGGGGGUAAGAGCAAAGUAUCUUACGCCAUAGACCGAAGUUCAGACCGCAAACGACAGUUUCACAUCAACGAAAAUGGCACAGUCACCAUUCAACGAAGUCUGGACCGCGAGGAAACACCACGACAUCAAAUAAAAAUUCUCGCAAUCGACGAUGGAAUACCCCCAAAAACAUCCACUGCUACGUUAACCGUUAUCGUACAAGAUAUAAACGAUAAUCCACCAACAUUCCUGAAGGAUUACAGGCCAGUACUCCCUGAAUUUGCAACACCAAGAAGAGUUGUUGAAAUUUUAGCAACAGACAAUGACGACAGGUCAAGAAGCAAUGGCCCACCAUUUACAUUUCGCAUGGAUCCAAAUGCAGAUGACAUAAUCAGAGCAAGUUUCAAAGUUGAGAGUGAUAACAAAGGGGCUAAUGGAGACGGAAUGGCCAUUGUAUCAUCACUGAGGACUUUCGACAGAGAACAGCAGAAGGAAUAUUUAAUACCCAUUAUUAUCAAAGACUCGGGUAACCCACUGAUGGCUGGUACGAGUACUCUGACUAUUGUCAUCGGUGACAUUAACGAUAACAAAAUGCAGCCGGGCUCGAAAGAUAUCUUUGUUUACAAUUAUGCGGGACAAUCUCCAGACACGGAAAUAGGUCGAGUUUAUGUUUAUGAUCUGGAUGACUGGGACUUGCCAGAUAAAAAAUUCUAUUGGGAGGGCCUGGAGCACGCCCAAUUUAAGCUCGACGAGGAUUCAGGAAUGAUAUCAAUGAAAUCAGGGACACACGAUGGAAAAUAUCACCUGCGAUUUAAAGUUUACGACAGAAAGCACACGCAAACCGAUGUACCAGCUAAUGUUACCGUUACAGUUAAAACAAUACCUCAUGAUGCUGUCCUUAAUUCCGGUUCAAUUCGAAUAGCGGGAAUAUCCGACGAGGAUUUCAUUCGCGUGUGGAAUUACAAGGAUUCUAAAGUGACUCGUAGUAAAGCGGAUUUGUUUAGAGAUAAACUCGCUAAUUUAUUGAACAUUGAUAGGGACAAUGUUGAUGUGUUUAGUGUACAGAUGAGAAGAAAAUAUCCACCAGUGACUGAUAUAAGAUUUGCAGCGCAUGGAUCACCGUAUUAUAAACCAGUUAGAUUAAAUGGUAUUGUUCUCAUGCAUCGCGAGGAAAUUGAGAGAGAUGUUGGCAUCAACAUAACAAUGGUGGGAAUCGAUGAGUGUCUGUAUGAAAAUCACAUGUGCCAAGGAAGUUGUACUAAUACUCUCGAUAUUAAUAAUUUACCGUACAUGGUUAAUGCUAAUAAGACAGCACUAGUUGGAGUUCGUGUUGAUGUGAUUGCACAGUGCACUUGUGGUGCGAGAAACUUUAGUACAACUGAGUCGUGUAGAACGAGUCCAUGUUACAAUGGGGGUAGGUGCAUCGAGGGACGAUUUGGAUUAACAUGCCAAUGCCCAGCGGGUUACAAUGGACCCAGAUGUCAACAGACUACCAGAAGUUUCAAAGGUACUGGGUGGGCUUGGUAUCCGGCCCUGGAGAUGUGUGACAAUAGCCAUCUUAGUUUUGAGUUUAUCACACGAAGACCCGACGGUUUGUUACUCUACAAUGGACCCAUUGUACCACCAGAGACUGAUGAAAUUAUGGUUUCUGAUUUUAUAUCUGUGGAGUUGGAGCGGGGCAUUCCGAGAUUGCUGAUUGAUUUCGGUUCUGGUACAUUGGAGCUGAAGGUGAAGACCAAGAGGCCGUUGGAUGAUGGGGAAUGGCAUCGGUUAGAUAUCUUUUGGACGACAGAGACAGUGAGACUUGUCGUCGACUUCUGCAAAUCCGCUGAGAUAUCAGAAUUGGAAGAUGGAACACCGCCCGCAUUCGAUGACAGUUCGUGUCAAGCAACUGGAACAGUACCGCCCUUUAACGAAUAUCUCAAUGUCAAUGCACCCUUACAAAUAGGGGGAUGGUUUAUAGAGCAAUUCGACCAGCACCAGUUCAAGUGGAAAGCCAUGCCCAAUGGGAAGCUAUUCGAUGGUUGCAUAAGGAAUCUAUUUCACAAUAGUAAAUUAUACGAUCUUGCGCAUCCGGGAUUGUCAAGGAACAGUGCGACAGGUUGUCCCCAGACAGAUGAAAUUUGCAAUAAUCAGGAAUCAACGUUCAGAUGCUGGGAGCAUGGCACUUGUGUUGGAAGCUUCACUGAGGCCAGAUGUCAGUGUAAUCCGGGAUGGACUGGACCCAGUUGUAUGACCCCUACGAUUCCCACGACGUUUAAACAACAGAGUUAUGUGAAAUAUGCACUCUCCUUCGAGCCGGAUAAGUACUCAACGCAAAUCCAACUCAGGUUCAGGACCAGAGAGAGUCAGGGAGAACUUUUCCGAGUCAGCGAUCAGCAUAACAGGGAAUACGCUAUUUUAGAGAUCAAAGGAAGUACCCUACAAUUCAGGUACAAUCUGAACAGUUUGAGAACCGAGGAGAGGGAUAUUUGGCUGAGUGCCAUUGCCAUUGACGAUGGUCAAUGGCAUACCGUUAGAGUAUCCAGAUACGGUUCAGCAGCGACACUGGAAUUGGAUGGGGGUGAAGGCAGGCGAUUCAAUGAGACAUUCUCCUUUGAAGGCCAUCAAUGGCUUCUGGUUGAUAAGCAAGAGGGUGUUUACGCGGGUGGUAAAGCUGAAUACACUGGAGUGAGAACGUUUGAAGUUUAUGCUGAUUACCAAAAAGGCUGUCUCGAUGAUAUUCGCCUCGAGGGAAAACACUUGCCAUUACCACCAGCUAUGAAUGGUACACAGUGGGGCCAAGCAACAAUGGCCAGGAAUCUCGAGAGAAUGUGCCCAUCCAAUAAACCAUGUGCCAAUGUACUCUGUCCAGAUCCAUUCGAGUGCAUCGAUCUCUGGAACGAGCAUGCUUGCACGUGUGGUGAGGGAAGAAUACGUACACCCGAUGGUAAAGACUGUACGGAUAAGAACGAGUGCAUUGAUUACCCCUGUUUGAAUGGAGGUAGAUGCAUAAAUAAAGAGCCAGAUCUUCGCUAUAAGUGCAUUUGCCCGGAGAGUUUCUGGGGUGAAAAUUGCGAACUUGUGCAGGAGGGACAGACGUUGAAACUCAGCAUGGGGGCGUUGGCUGCUAUUCUAGUUUGUUUGCUCAUUAUUCUUGUUCUAGUCUUAAUUUUCGUCGUCUACAACAGAAGAAGAGAAUCUCAUAUUAAAUACCCAGGCCCUGACGACGAUGUGAGAGAAAAUAUCAUCAAUUAUGAUGACGAAGGGGGUGGAGAGGAUGAUAUGACAGCAUUCGAUAUAACUCCGUUACAAAUUCCUAUCGGUGGUCCUAUACCUGAGAUUGGUGGCAAGAUGGCACCAUGCAAAGUGGCCUAUCCCCUGGGGCCAGAGCCCAAUGUUGGAAUGUUCAUCGAGGAUCACAAGAAGCGUGCUGACAGCGAUCCCAAUGCUCCGCCCUUUGAUGAUCUCCGAAAUUACGCGUACGAAGGUGGUGGCAGUACUGCGGGCUCCCUAUCAUCAUUAGCAUCGGGUAAAAGCACCGAUGACGAACAGCACGAGUACGAGUACUUGGGUGCAUGGGGCCCGAGGUUCGAUAAAUUAGCAGACAUGUACGGCCCAACCGAAGAGAGCGAGGAAGAGGAAUAAAGAAAUCAAUUCGUCUCGUAGGUCUCAUUAAUUUUAAAUAACGAAUGAUGACAAGAGCAUCAUAAAUUCGUGGGAAAAUAAAUCCAAUAAAUCGAAAGAUUGCGAGAAAGUAUAGAGAAAGAACUAAAUUGUAAGUGAAUGUAAGUUAAAAUUUUAGUCAUGCCCAAAAAGAUGAGAGAAAACGAUAAAAAAAAAUGGUCAUUCUUGUUCCAAAAAUCAGACGAGCACGAACUUUGCAAUAAUUUUAAGCUCAUAAAACAAAAAAAAAAAUAUUUAUUAACUGCACCAAAAAACCUGAGAUGCAUGAAAAUACGUGUACUAUGCCCAAGAGUAUGUAAGACUUUUGUAUAAAUUCGUUUAUUUAUUUAUUCGACUUAAGGAAACGAUGAAAAGCUAAUUGUUAGAAUUUUUUUUUCUCGAUAAUUUUUUUUUCUCAUUCAUUCAUUCGUCAUUCAUCAAUCAUCAAAGUAUAUUGUAUCGUCCUACGUCUUUUGUCAACGACUCAGUGUUCGGUUUUUUCUACCGAUGCGUUUUUUAAUUAAAAAUUGAGAGAAGGAAGAAACUGCUGAUGAAAUGAUGUGAAGAAAAAAAUCUCUAAAAUAUUUUUAAGAAGAACAAAACCACAUACCAAAGAACAAUCGCUGAUAAUGCGUUCAUCUUUUUUAUACGUAAUAGUUAAAUGAAUGAAGGUCUCAAUUUUUUAACUCCAUUUAAUUUUCUCUCCUCUCUGAUGAAGAAAAUAAAACAAGAACGAUAAACGAAUUUAUUAUAUAUUCACUGUUGAGACAGUUAAAUAAUUAUUAUUGAUAUGAAAGAAAAUGAAAAAAAAAACAUUAGAUGUUUGAGAUGUGCGCCGUGGCAUGUAAUGGAGUAUUAUAGUUUCUUCGCCACAGUUUCAUCGUGGCUCUGCCAUAACUAGAUGAAUAUAAAGAGAGAAAAACUGGAAAAAAAAAUUAUAAUCGAUUUAUUCACAAUUUCCACUUCUUUGUCACAAGAAAAAAAAAUGUGAAAGUGAAAUCGUAAAAAAAUUCCCAUCGCCAUUAUUAGAAGUAUUAUUGUAUGAUUAUGGAUAUUAUUACAUAAUAUAUGAAUAUUUAUAUUAGAUUAGGCGACCAAGGCGCCACAAAAUGCAAAAUCAUCAAUGAGCCUGAUGAAUGUUACUAUCGAAACGUGAAAAAACGAUGAAGAACGAAUUUUUAGGGAUUAAACUAAUGACAAUGGUAAUUAGCUCAAUGGCAUCGUCAUUCAAUGUCGUAAUUAGCCAUUAAAUGACACAAUGAUCCAUGAAAAUUCAAGCACUAACGAUUAAUCAAGUGCUUAAUCACCCGAUUAAUCUCUCGAUAUCGACUGAUCAGUGAAAAAAAAAUUCCAUGGGAAUAAAAAACAUGAGGGAAUUCAUUACCCAGGAUAAUUCAUAGUCAAUUUACCGAUCUAGGGCGGUCCACAGUGACUAAAAUUUAAUCCAUAAAUAAGUGGUACAUACGAAGGAAAAAAAAACAAUGUGAUCGAUGUACGAAGAUAUGUAAUUAUAUUAUUUACUCGACGAUGAUGAAAAUGAAGGAAAUCACGAAUCUAAAGAAGUCAUAAUAAUUCGUCGGAAUACUUAUACAGUUAAAGCCAGAUUAUUGUAUAAUUAUCCUACACUCAUUAUCGUAUUUAAUUAUAGUUUUUUGCGAUUUGUGAUAUUAAUUUUUUUCGCGUAUACGCUGUCCCCCAUAAAGUGGCAAAAAAAAACUAAAAAACAAGCCCUCUUCCUAGUCUAUCGUAUAAAUUAGUGUAAGAUUGAAUGUUUUCUUCAGAAAAAUCCUACGAAUCUCUUCCACAAAUCCCUUCCCACAGUUCAGAGACAUAAAAAAUCUUUGAUAAAAACCUUCACACUUCCCCCAACUUCUUAAACAUUUCAUUUAAUCAAUUCGAUGAGAAAAAAAUAUUCAUUUCCCAUUUGUUUUAUCAGUCUAUAUCGUUUUCGAACUGAACCACAAAUUCUGAAGUUCAAUAAAUCCGUAGUGUUUAAGCAGCGAGACAGUAUUUCCACAGACUGGCAUUAGUGACAAAAAAAACAAAAGGAAAAGGUAAAUAUAAUGAAAAAGAGAUAAAAUAAAAAAAAAAUACAUAGAAAAACAAAAAAGGUUUUAUCGUUAUAUAUGAGUUACGCCUACGUGCGUGUGUGCAGUGGCAUUAAACUAAAAGAAAUAAUAAUAGUUAGAUGACUGUUGUGUAUGUACAUUAAACGAGUCGUUAUGGAUUUUAUUAUUGAAUUAAUCGCGCUCCCUCGCCCUCACCCAUUCACCCUCCCCUCCUCCUCCCUCUUCCUCCCCAUAAAGACGGUAUCUCACUCGAUUCAAUGUCAUCAGAAGUCCUCUCCCUUCACUCACAAAUGUAUAUACGUAAUGUAAGCCAAUUGGAAAGACGAAGUACAUACGUCCAAGUGGAAUUAUUAAUAAAAAAAAAUAUUUCAUGCACACGAUUGAAUUAUUAAUCAGCCUUAUCAAUUGCUCACUAUUCAUUUGAGAUCCUGUGGAGACAUUUGCGUAACAACAUUCCCCUUGAAUUUUAAAUUUCCUUUGAAAACAUUUUCUGUUAAACAAUUGGAGCAUUUAACUUUUAAAAAAAUUACAUAUCCACGAUCUCUUGACUGCCUAACUAUGAAAAUUUAAUUAAGCAAUACAUUUCAUUGAGAUUUAACGAAGACAUUGAAUCGAGAGUGAAACGCUCAAGUAGUACCUCAAACAUUGUAAAGCCCAAACGAAUGAUUAAAAUAAAAUGAAAAAUGUUUUAACCGUAGCCGUCGUUGAGAUAUAAAGAGUCACACUGUAAUAUGUAUAUAUGCUGCCACUGAACACAUCUCAUUAGUACAAUUAUCAAUUAUAUAAAUAAUAAUGAAAUAAACAAUCUACAUUAUAAUCGAAAAAAAAAUGAUGAAAAACCAACAACAAAUACGUAUUAUCAAAUUGAAUUGAUAUUAAUUGAUUAUUAAUUAUAAUUAUUAUCACUAUUAUCUAUACCAUUUGUACGUUAUACUUCAGUUUCGGACGAAAAUAAAAAAUGCCUUCUUUUUAAUAAAAAGGAUAAAUAGUA